AUGUCUGAAAAUCGUAAAUUCACCCCAGAAGUUUUGGUCACUGCGCCCAGAGUGUCCGCAGCAGUCCCGAACGAUGAGGGGAAGCUAGCGCUGUAUACCUUUUCGACCUACGAUCUCGACACGCACACAGACUUUUCCGAGGUCAAGUUGCUAGACUUGGAAUCAGGCAAAACCACUCGGUACAGCAAUAACCCUAAAGAAAGUUCCUUUCGCUGGCUUCACAAAAGGUCACUUCUGUGGCAACGAGAAAGUGAAAAGAAAUCCACCGAGUUGUGGAUUGGAGACGCCGACAACACCAAUCGUCCAUACCUGGCGGGCACCAUUGACGCCAAACUGAGCGAUGUCAAGACACACCGUCUCGAAAACGGGGACAUUGCCCUAGUCUUUACAGCUGCAGCCGAUGCCGACCAGAAUCUGUACAACGCAUCGAAAGAAGAAAAGUCCUAUACGACCGCCCGGGAAUGGACGCAGAGUCGACCCAAGCGAUGGGAUACCUAUGUCAACCAAUACCGAUCGGUCAUUUGGUAUACGGUUCUCAAGUUCGAUGAGACUUCGCAGAAGUGGCAUCUAUCUGACAAAGGUCCUACCAACGCUCUGCGAGGAACAGGCCUCGUGGUCCCCUUGUAUACCAACUCGUCCAGCUCCGCCGAUCUUGACAUCUCGACGUACGGCAUUGCCUUCGCAACCGCCAAGCCCGGGGAUACAGAAUGGCUCCAAACGCAGCGCUCGCUAUACUUUCUCCCCUUGUCGACCUUUGAGGAGACUGAAGUGCCAGCACUGAAACGGAUUCACAUUCCAGGCCAUGCCGACCUUGUAGAGAGUCCCAAGUUUGCCCCUAACAGCCCGGUAGCUGCGUUCCUCGUCGCCCAAGACAACGAAGAAUGGUCACCCAAGAGUAUCGGCCUCCUCAACGUCGAGACUCUGACCAUUACAUUUCUCCGCACAGUCGACUCCGCCGACAAACCCCAACCCUGGGACGUCUUUCCCGACGAGAUCCUGUGGUCAAACGACGGGUCCUCGCUCUACCUAACCGCCAACCACCAAGCUCAAUCGCGGGUUUUCCAGAUCCACAUCCCGCCCACCCCUUCCGAAACAGAACCCCAAACCGUCCUCCCAAGAGCCCUCACCAUCCCCGGCUCCGUCUCAACCAUCUACCCCCUCAGCACUGGCCCCUCCGACCCCCGCCUCCUGGCAACUUCCUCCUCCUUCAUCGACCAAGGCACCUUCACCAUCAUCGAUCCCACCUCCCACACCCAACCCCCCCAAACCCUCCACAGCACCUCCUCCCACGGCGCCAUCUUCGGCAUCUCCAGUAGCCAAAUCACCUCCAUCACCUUCCCCGGCGGCCCGGACACCCGAACCCCCAUCCAAACCUGGAUCAUCAAACCCUCCUGGUUCUCACACAGCAGCCCCGAAAAACACCCCCUUUUCCUCUUCAUGCACGGUGGUCCUCACUCCGCCGUCAAAGACGCCUGGACCUGGCGCUGGAACGCCCUCCUCCUCGCCGAACAGGGCUACAUCGUGGCGAUCCCCAACUUUACCGGUUCGGAUUCCUUCGGGGGGGAUUUUGCCCGCGCCGUGUCCCUGCAGUGGGGCGGACAUCCCUACAAGGAUGUCGAGCGAUGCUUUGACUGGGUUGAGCAAAAUCUAGCUGAGAAAUGCGAUAUUGAUCGCGCCGUGGCCGCGGGCGCCAGCUUCGGCGGAUACAUGGCCCUUUAUGUCGCGGGCCAACCGCUCGCGAAACGGCUGAAGGCCCUGGUCUGCCACGAUGGCGUCUUUGACGUAGUAUCCGAGCUAUUAGCCGAUGAUCUGGCCGAGAAGCAGGAACUGACGCGGUCGUUCGGGUCGCCGUAUUUCACCUCCGCGGCGGAUGCCAGUCGUGAUCCGGUGGCCGCGAAGGAAGUCUGGCGGAAGUGGAAUCCGGCGGAGUAUUUAACGAAUUGGGCCACGCCGUUACUGGUCAUUCAUUCGGAUCGGGAUUUUCGGUGUCCCAGUACGGCCGGGUGGGCGGCGUAUGCGGUGUGUCGGUUGAAGGGGAUUGAGACGCGCAUGUUGAAUUUUCCGGAUGAGAAUCACUUUGUGCUGGGGAAGGAGAAUAGUUUGGUUUGGUGGAGGUCGGUGAUUGCGUGGUGUAAUCGGUUUGUGGGGGUGGAGGGGGGGCCCGUGUUGGAGGCGGCGAGGAAUGAGCCGAAGUGGUUGGGGGAGGUGGUCGAGGGGAGGGUGGAGGAUGUUGGGGAUGCUGAGAGAGUGUCCUAG